ACGGCGACCCGCCCAACGUCUGUCGAGGCCACGCCCAUUCGCUCGUCAAGCUCGGAUAGGUGGAAAAGAAAGGGGCGGGGCUUAGCGGCAGCCAAUCGCCUGUAGAGAACGGAAAAGGCGGGAAAAAGAGGACCCAAAAGGAAGCUGGAGGUGGCGACCCGGAGCAGGAGAGCAGGGCAGGCCAACGGAAGAGUCCCCCUCCCAGAGGCGACCGCUGGCCCUGGCCCUCCUCAGGCAGCGUCCCCCCGGGGUCUCAGCACUUCCUCCCGGCGCCCCUGGAGGGGAGGCCCCUGUUGGGAGAAGGUCGCCGCGCCCAAGACUUCACAGACCAGACCUCACUGUUGAGCUCUGGGGUGGGCGUGAAGCACACAGGCAGUGGUGCCGCCGAGCAAGCACCCGACACCCGUGCCCCUACCUCCCAGGACACCCAAAGAAGAGCAGCCACCAUGCAUCUUCCCGAAAGCCUGCAGGACCUGGCGGACAGUGAGACAGUGCGCUUUCUGAGGAGACCAAAGAGCAUCUCGAGGAUCUGCGGAGGGGUCUUUUCCCUGGUCAUCUUUUCCUCCCUACUAACUGAUGGUUACCAGAACAGGACAGAGAAUCCUCAGCUCCGCUGCGUCCUCAACAGCAGUCCCGUGGCUUGCAGCUUCGCAGUAGAAGCUGGCUUCCUGUCCUUCCUCAGCUGCUUGGUCUUCCUUGCCUUAGACGCCCGUGAGAGCCGCAUCACAGGCAGCCGCUUUAAGACAGCCUUCCAGCUCUUGGACUUCAUCCUGGCUGUCCUCUGGGCAGGUGUCUGGUUUGUGGCCUUCUGCUUCCUGGCCAGCCAGUGGCAGCACUCGAAGUCCAAGCAUUUCCUCUUGGGGAACAGCAGCGCCAAGGCGGCCAUUGCCUUUGCUUUCUUCUCCAUCCCUGUCUGGAUAUUCCAGGCCUACCUGGCCUUCCAAGACCUCCGAGAUGAGGCUCCAGUCCCCUACAAGCGCUCCCUGGAUGAGGGUGGUGUGGUGCUGAACACCCUCUCCCCAUCAUCCACCAUUAGCCCUGUCAACCCUCCCACCACAGGCCCCAACAGUGUGAGUUACACCAGCUCAGCCCUGUCCCCCUACCUGACUACCCCAAAGGGCCCUCGCCUGGCUAUGAUGCCAGACAGCUGAACAGCCUUACCCACAUCAGUAAAGAGCUCUUCUCCCUCUGAGGGGUUUCUGAAUAA